CCAAACAGAUCUAUUUUUGAUUUUACAAAAAAUUGUUUUGCUUCAAUUUUAAAAACGAAAUAAACUUUUUAAAACAAAAUAAAUUAAUAAUGGAAGAAGUAAAACAACAUUUUGUUCAAGUUUGUGCUUCAUAUGGAAGCUUAACAAAAGCCGAUGCAACCGAAAUACUCAGACCAAUAUGUGCUAAAUACGAAGUACGUUUGCCCGAAGAUUCCCACUUUAAAAAAUUUAUCAAAGACAUCAAUGAAGAACUAAACCGCUAUGAUCACGACAUUGCAUUUGUCAAGUAUCCAAUUUCCAAAGAAGAAUUCUUAGUUUUCCGUACAAUGAAUUCCAAAGUAAUUCGAUUUCUCAAUAAUCUUUCCGAACAAGAUCGCAAUUACUUUCGACUUCUUUUGACGACAAUUGCGUCAUCAGAUGAAUAUGGAAUACCCGACAUUCGGGCAAUCAAUCUGUCAACUAUGUUGCCAGAUAAACCUUUGGCUAAAAAUCGUGCUGAAGAUUUGUUACAAAAUUGGAAACAUGUUGGUUACUUUUACCAAUCGGAUAAUACUUUAUUCUUUGGUCCACGAAUGAUGGUUGAAUUCGAGAGUUUACUUUUGAGUUCUUUUCCAGAUGAUGUCAAGGAGUGUUCAUUGUGUAAAACUAUUGUUCUUUGGGAUCCAUCAUGCAAUGAAUGCGAAACUAAAUUUCAUUCAGAAUGCAUUCGAAAGUAUUUGAUUAAGAAAUCCAACUGUCCGGCUUGCCAGAAAGUUUGGAACACCUCAUUUGCUUAAGUUUUUAUUCAUUCCAUUUAUUUAAGUUCUUUUUUGUUUAUCGUAAUAAAAUAAGUUUUUCAUGGUUUCAAA